AACGAGCCGCAGCAGUACAUCCUUCUCAAUGCUUGGAUUAUUGAGCGCUGGGACGAUCAAUUCUUGUAUUGGCGUCCCGACGAUUACGACAAUAUCACGGAAAUUCGUUUGCCUCACAAUUCCAUCUGGUUGCCCGAUACCACGUUAUACAAUUCGUUGAUAAGCGGAAAAAUCCGCGCACCACAAACGGUUUAUAGGGUAUGCAGUACAAAAAAAGCUAGAAAACAAGCAGUGCCAUAUUUCUAA